CAAUUUUAUCUUAUGACUAUUAGAUCUUCGCUCCCUCUGCCACCAUUCAAUAGACUCGACUUUAUAACUUUUUCUUGAUUGAGCCGAGCACGUAAGUCAAGUCUUCACUUAGGCUAAGCGGAGUGGGGAUGUUAAGCCCACUCGCUAAGCUUGCUAGCGAGCCAUGAACACCCCCUAGCGCUCGCUAGGGGUCGCUAUCCUAUCCUCGUUACCAUUUUGGCGAGAAGAGAGAGAGGGUGAGGAUGGAAGCUUAUUGGUGGAGACGAUGGUAAUUUCUGGAGGCUUGUGAUGGAAUUUCCACCAUUGAAGCAGCCGAGAUGUUUGCAGCCUGUUUCGCCUGUGUUUGUGAGUGUUUUAGGAACAACAACGAUGGAAGGCGAUAAAAUUGAGGCAGCAACAUUGGCGAAUUCACCGGUAGAUGAAGUUUCGCAUUUAGCUCUUGAUAUCGGAGGUUCUCUCAUCAAUAUGGUGUAUUUCUCCACCGAAAGAGAACAACCUGUUGGGUUAAUUCAGAAACGGGGACAGUUUUGGUCCCAGGGGUAUUUUGGGAAAACUUUCCUAAUUUAAGGUUUUGAGUAAGUUUAGGAUUCUAAUUAGUUUAGUAUAAAUAGGGUAUGGUUGUUUGACAUUUUUAAUUAAGUUUUUACGGUCUUUGUUGAAUAAGAUAGUUGGAGCCAAAGUAGAUUCCCAAAUUUCUUCUGCACAACUAACCUUUGUCUCAUAAAGG